UCAACAGCCACCACCACCACCUUUAUCCCAGCGCAACUUCUGUUUCAUUACUAGCGAUUCCUCUGAGAUCUUUGGACUGCCUAGGCCAAAUCACCGAGAUCGAGCUUGUCAUUUAAUUCCGUCGUGCCAUCCGGCGCGCUUGUGCCCCGAAGGAAUCGCUCACGCGCCGUCAGACCGUUUGCGCGAUGCCCUCAUUUCCAGUUGAGCCGCUCGUGCGGCCCAGAGAUGAUGGCUUACAACUUUGCUACCGACUCCCCCAUCGCAUCCAUGCUGCCCAAGCCUACCCCUUGCGGUCACCUAACGGCUCCUCUAUCAUUGUUUAUGGCUACGAGACUGGUCUGAAGAUUGUAUGGAGAGGAGGAAGGGAAUUUUCGGCAUUGAAGGAGACCGCACCCUCGACGCAUGCGAAAAGCGCAAAGAACGAUGGCGAUGAUGCUGUAAUGAUCAUCGAUUCAGACGAAGAAGACGCAGCCGCGGCGCCCACAUCUCAAGAAGAGCCUACCUAUGAUUUUGUUACAGAGGAGUCCGAAGUCGAUCCUGCGUUUCCGUUCGAGCCGAUUUUGCGUCAGAUUGACAUCCCCUUGGGAAGCCGUGUUCUCGACGUGGCAGUUCCCCGCUUGCUUCCUGAAGAGGCGCGUUCGCCUCUUGAUCCUUUCCCAACCGUCGCGAAGGACACAAUUUUCGUGGCUGCAGUUUGCUCAGAUCUGUCAACUCGGAUUGUGACUUUGCCGCUUGUGCCACCUCAUCCGGCUCAAAAGGAUUCAAAGAGUUGGAAGAUUCAAAAGGUCACACUUAAUGGAGGCGUGACUCACCAAGAUAUCCCAAGGGGUGUCUCUUUGACGUUCAGUUGCCAGGAGUCUGAGGAUGAGCAAGACCGUCGAAAGUCACGAAGCCGGGUUGAAGGAUCUGGAAAGUGGGACCUUUUGGUUGCCACACACUCGGCAGAGGGAUCAGGUGCCCUCUUGAUCCAUCGUGUUCCCCUUUCAGAAGAGCUUUCUGGGGGAUCGGUGCUCUAUAGGCUGGUAGAAGAGGAUCUGGUCUCUCAACGGCGGGUUUUGCCAUCACCCGCUCAGACCAUUGCUUUCAACCCAUCUUCGUACCCUUCCGUACGUCAUUCGAGCCUAUUAGUGGCGUUCCACAGUGGCUGCGUGAAAGUCUACUCGUGCUUCUCAAUUCAGAAAGCCACUUCCAAGAGUGGGCGACGGGGGUCAAACACCCAGGACGAAUACGAAACUCUCGACACCGAGGGUCGAUGGCUCAUCAGUUUGUACCCAGGCUUUGAGCAAGGGCCGACUGGCCUGACUCGGCGCAAGACUAUCAUAGAUGCCGACUGGGUCCUGGGUGGCCGGGCCAUCAUGGUUCUCCUGGCAGAUGGCGAAUGGGGGGUCUGGGAUAUCGAGGGUGCUGGCCCGGGAACGACAAAGGGCCCACUGCACCGCCAGUCAAAUGUGCAAGGUGUGACCGGAGGAUCCUUGACUAUAUAUGCGGUCAGUGGUCGUAUCGUGGCUCCCUUGACCAGCACUCAGUCGGACGCGGAGCAGCGAUCUCGAUUCGCCCCGAUGACUCCGUCUACGAGGCGGGUGCGUGAGGAUACCCUUCUCAAGGGAUCGACAACUGCCGCCAGUCCCUCUCUUCGGGGCCAGAUCUCCGUCUGGCAGACCAACGUAUCCCACGAGUUGCCCGACGAAUCGAUUCUGCUACGUCAUGGCCAGCACAGCGCCGUGAUUCCAAGCCUGUUGUCUCUCUGGCGUAAUGCAGUGAAGACAACCGGCACCUUUGACGCGUCGAACCGAUGCCGCGUGACCCCAUUCCAAGUCGUUAACUUGAUGGGAGAGAACUUCCAAGCAAUCGGUCAUCUACCCGCACCGACACGCCGUUCUCGCGCCGCCGAGCCACAGAAAUUCGAUAUCCUCGUGGCCGCCGAGCACCAGAUCGUCAUUCUCGCUCCCCGGUUGACCGAGUCCGAAGACAUCGCCGCAACAACCCAAGUCACGAAGCAAGAAGUAGACGCAGAAGCAGAUCAGAUGAUGCUGCGCCGGGGCGAAUUGGACGUGGAGGGUAUGGGCCGUCUCUUGAACGGCAUGGCAAGCGGCGCCGGGACUCUACGCGUGAGCGCCAGCCCGGUGAAGCGAGCUCGCAUCUUCACCUAAAUCUGGCAAAAGGGGGGAUCAGACCGCAAUAGACGAUACCCACGCACCAACAACGGGGGAAAAAAAUACCAUAUUAACCUAUUUCUCACCCAUUUCAUUCUCCAGCUUACCCCCAUCUUUCUUCUUCUCCUAGGAACCCACACAGACCCAUUCGCGCUGUAAGGUGGAGCGCAAGGCGAGGUCCAUGCCUUGAAAUUCUUUUCUUCGGAACUGAAUAAGCUCUGUAUCGGAUGCGAUAUAUCAAACCUACCAACCAUCAAUCUGCAGCGAAGCUUCACGCUUCACGCUUCAAGCCAUGGGACCUACGUCCUCGCGAUAUACACGUUAUGUCGCGGCGCCUGUAUUUGAUUUCCCCCGGAUUCACCUGCUCUCUCUGGCUAUCCUCCCGGAUUCCUGCCGAUCUGUCCGCUUGGGGCGCCUAUCUACAUCGGUGGGGCGUGGGUGGUAGUCACGGGGAACGGGCCGGGUUGUUGAAUAUGGUGCGUGAAUUGGCGGCGAUGGGACAUUAUCAUAUUUAUCCUUAUAUAUGUUGGUCUAAUAGAAUGAUCCAAUGUAUGGGUUGCCGAUGUACAAGGAUCAAUUCUUCAAAUUAGCAUAUCUCUGUGCGGUUUGAGCAUGCUUGGCUCGCUAGGUAGUAGGUUGAUGGAUAUUGUGAUUCUCGUGUUGUACUUUUGGAGGUUAUUGCGAUAUGUUGCACUUUUAAUAAAUCCUCCUCUUCUCGGAAGACAAGUUGGCGAGACGAGGCCAAUAGUUCACCUGAACCCUAUCGUUCUCCAUGACUUUUGGAAAUCAAUAUGUGUUUUGAGGCUCGUCUAGCAAACCAAUCAGAGACACAGGUCUUUGAUUUCACGAUGUAUACACAGGUUAGAUCUACGAAAUACCAGGAAUUUCAAUGAAUCUGGAUGUAAUUU